AGCAUGACAGCUGUGGCUCUAUGCAGUUCAAUUUGAAUGUAAAAUAUUAUGCCUCAUUUUACUUUUAAUGAGAAUGCGUUGCUUUUUACCCAAGACACUCACUGCUACAAAAUUAGGUAAAUGUGCUAAAAAAAAUGCCCAAUACAAUAGCUGCAUCAAAAAUAAUUUGUAAUAGUUGCUGUGUUGUAUGUCAGGACAUUCAGGGUGAAGUACCAUCCCACCUGCUCCGUCUGAAAGUAGAGGUGGAGCAGAGUCGAGUAGAGGCCGUCCUGCAAGACUGCAAAACAGAGCUUCACCGAGAAAUCCAAGCCCUUUCGUACACCUCAACCAGUGAGCAUGUGGUGAAAGAGCAUAGGGCGUUCUUCAUGGAACGCACACCUCUGACUUUGUGCGAGAAGAGGAUUAGGAACAUGGAGGAUCUGUGUCAUAAAUUGCCUGACAAUGAUGUAGCUUACAGACGACUAGAUUCCACCAAGAAGGCUGUAAAGGAGGUUACAGAGCAAGUCAGGAGCACCAGCCUGCAGCUGGAACAGCAUCCUGAUAAGUGGAAAGAAUGGAAUGAUAGAUUUUGUGAGCUCUCAGACUGGCUCUCUUCUCAGAGGAGGCUCUUUAAUGAGACUGCAAGAACUUCCACAAGUCAGGAGCAAGUUGAAGCUGCCAUGCAGGCAGUGCAAGCUGGAGGACAUGCCCGAGAAGAGAACCUAUUGUGGCUUAAGAGCCGUCUUUGUAGCUUAACUGACAUAAGUUCUCAACUGGAGAUACAGAGACAGCAAACAGCCCUGACCAAACUUUCAGCUGAUUUUAGGGACCUUUUUUCAUCACUGUGUGAGGGUGGUGGAGAGGGCUCAAGUGCUUUCCAGCUUGAGGAGCUUAGGGAGGAUGUGCGUGGCGCUUUGAAGGCGGUCCUGAAAGCCGGAAAGGAAGCUGGAGAGCAGAUCAGCAGGAUUCUGGAUGCUGAGGACUUGAAGGAAGCCCAGGACCUAUUCCUUAUUCACCAGCAACGCCUAAAACAACUACAAGCUCUCAGGAGGGAGGCAGAGCUUCUUGUGUCCCACUCACACCAGCUGCAGACCGGAGAGGCUUUGAGUCACUCUGUGCAGGAGUUAGAAGAACGUGUCAAAGAAGUUGACUGCCAGUUCAGCGCAAAGGAGCACAACCUGCAGACCACUAUGGACUCCUGGCAGAGCUUUGAAACCGAGCGAGAAACAGUUUGGAGUUUUAUAAGAGAGACAAACACUGAGCUGCGUAAAGAGCUUAUAUUUAACAGCCUGGACAGCCUGAGAAGAGAAAUGGAGCUCAACAAGGACCUUUUACUAAAAGUGGAGGAUUGCAGCGUGCGAGCAGACGUCCUCCUGGAGGAUGCAGUAGACCUUCAGCUUGGUCCGAAGAAUCAAAGUUUGGUACUGCAGCAGGCCCAGUUUGCCAGAGAAGCCGUCAAGGAUCUUCAAGACCACCUCAGCAAAAAUGUUGUACAUCUGGAAAGGAUUUGCUCAUUGUGGGAGCGCUUCAAUGUUGACCUAAAGAUGUUUUCCUCACGGAUCAAUGAAAAUCAGAGGGCGCUGGAGGCCAUCAAGAUCACCUCACCCUCAGAUCUUUUUGAACAACACAUCCGCACAGUAGAAACAGUGGCAGAAGAUCUAGAGGAGAGGAAGGCUGUCCUGGUCCACAUGGAAGAGGACUGCAAAUCCCUGUCCAGGUUUGUGACCCCUGGAGAGGGCGAGAGCAUCCGUGCAGGCCUCACCCAGAUGAGGCACUCCUUGGAGGAGCUGAUGGAGAACUCAGAGCAUUUGGCAGGGCAGCUUAAUCAAAGCUCCUCCCACAGGCAGAGAUGCAACGAUAACCUUGAGCAGGUCAAGAAAACAAUGAGGUAUCUUAAAGAGAAACUUGACUCUCCCGCUUCAUUUUGCUCUUCAUCGUCUGAGGCACAUAAGAUCUUGCAGAGUCAUACGGAGGUUCCCCAGGCUGUGGAGCAGCUAAAGCCCAGACUGAUGGUUUUGCGCUCGGCUGUGAGGCGGCUUGGUGAGGGCACCACACUGGAGCAAGAGGUCGUUGACCUUCAGAUGCUGCAAGGAGAGUUAAUAGAAAAGGCCACAGAGAAACAAUCUACAUUAGAAAGCCUUCUUGCACUGUGGCAAAGAUUUGAAAAGGAGAAUUCCUUCAUGAAAAGUUGGCUAAACCAGAACGAGCCUCUUUGCUCUCCCGCCAAUGAAUUGCCUUCUGCAGACAAACUGAAGAUAAGUAUGGAGCUCAAGCAUGUGCAGAAAAUGCAGACUGAGACCCUCUCUAAUGACGCUCUCCUUCAGGGUAUGGUCAACCUUGCGUUUUGUCUCUAUCCUUUUGCCCCUGAAGCUGGAGUGCAAGAGCUCAAUGAUGAUCUCACACAGCUGCAGCAGCGAUACACUUCACUAAAGGACAACAUAACACACAGGUGCAAGCUGCUGCAGUCUCAGUUGUCCCAGCUUGAGCUUUUUGAUGAGGCGCUUCUGACAUUGAGCCAAAAAAGUGAAAACUUUCUGUCGUCCUUUAAAAGCGCUUUUCAAGUGGAUGUUACCAAUCUGAAUUGGGCAUUCACAAAACUCACGGAGCAUGAGUCUGAGUUCAAGGCUCAUGUGUCACUUAGAGAGGCGCUCCAGGAAAGAGAAUCCUCCCUGGUUCAGUGCUUCACUCCAGAGGCCCAGCAGCAGCUCCAGGCUCGGCAAGAGAAUUGCCUCCAACUUCUCAGUGAAGCUGAAUGUCUUCUUCUCCUCCGCAAAAAGGGCCUGAAUGAAUUACAGUGCUUCCUCGAGAAGCACAAAGCGGCAGGUCAGGCUGUUGGCCAGCUUCAUGAGGCCCUGCAGAGAAGGGGAAGCUGGCAUUCACCCAAAACUGAAGAUUUCCAUCACCUUAUAGUGGAAGUUGCAAAAGAUGUGGCCCAGUUUGAGGGUGAGGCAGUGGGAGGGGCAUGA